UUUUCUUUUUUUUCUAUGUUGAGUAUCAUUAACUCUUCAUUCCUUCCCACAGUCUCUGUGAUCAUCUGCCUUGAGAAGGUCAGCAGGUGUCCACAGCUCCCAAGCUACUGUGGAGGGGACUUUGGGGCUUGUCUCCUGCGCUUCCAGUGGUUAGCGUGUUCAUACAAGUCCCUGCUUCCAGUUGGGUUUGCCAGAAUGGCUGGGCCCAAACCCCUGAUUUACCCAAAUGUUGGAGUUAACAUUCUCGGUCUCCAGCGAGCAGAGCUGACAUCUGAUAAAGACAUGUACCUUGACAACAGCUCCAUUGAAGAAGCGUCGGGAGUGUAUCCUAUUGAUGACGAUGACUAUGCUUCUGCGUCUGGCUCGGGAGCUGAUGAGGACAUAGAGAGUCCAGAGCUGACAACAUCUCGACCAUUUCUAAAGAUACCAUUCACUAGUGCUGCUCCCAAAGUGGAAACCACAACACUAAAGAUACAAAACAAGAUGCCCGCCCAGACGAAGUCACCGGAAGAAAUUGAUAAGGAAAAAGUUCACCUCUCUGACUCAGAAAGGAAAAUGGACCCAGCUGAAGAGGGCACAAACGUGUUCACCGAGAAACACUCAGACAAUCUGUUUAAACGAACAGAAGUCCUUGCAGCUGUCAUUGCCGGGGGAGUCAUCGGCUUUCUCUUUGCAAUCUUCCUUAUCCUGCUGUUGGUGUAUCGCAUGAGAAAGAAGGAUGAAGGCAGCUAUGACCUUGGAGAACGCAAACCAUCCAGUGCUGCUUAUCAGAAGGCACCUACUAAGGAGUUUUAUGCAUAAAACUUCCACUUAGUGUCUCUAUUUGUGAGAUCACUGAACUUUUCAAAAUAAAGCUUUUGCAUAGAAUAAUGAAGAUCUUUGUUUUUUUGUUUUUGUUUUUAUUUUCAUUAAAGAGCCAUUCUGGCACUUUAAUGAUAAAAUCCCAUUGUAUUUAAAACUUUUCAUGUAUUUCUUUAGAACAACAUAAAAUUAAAAUUUAACAUCUGCAGUGUUCUGUGAAUAGCAGUGGCAAAAUAUUAUGUUAUGAAAACCUUCGAUGUCCAUGAAAUUGGUUUAAACUUUUAUGUGCAAAUAUGAAAAGAUUGUUUUUAUACUAUGGAUUGAAGAUGAGAGCUGUUUUUGUUUGUGUCAGCAUGUCUGGGAUUGACCUUACCAAGUGGGUCUUAUUUUGUUAAUUUAUCUGUUGUCCCCCUCUUUUCCUCUGCCCUGCCCUCUGUCCCCUUAAAACCAAAACCAAAUCCUAUGCCUUUUGUAGCUGUCAUGGUGCAAUUUGUCUUUGGAGAAUUCAGAUAAUGGUAAUUUAGUGUAUAUGUGAUUUUCAAAUAUGUAAACUUUAACUUCCACUUUGUGUAAAUUUUUCAGUGUCAGACUGUCCAUUUUACACUUGCUUUAUUUUUCAUUACCUGUAGCUUCAGGCAGAUUUGCAAGAGCAAGUUAAUGUGUAAAAUUGGAUUAUUACUACAAAACUGUUUAGUCACAUCUGUCCAAUCAGAUCUUCUCUUGGGAGGAUUGGAUGGGAGUUACUCAGCAAAUCCAAAGAUGCUAACAGUAUUUUGAGAAGUUGCUGCAGAUUUCUUUGGCCACUGUAUUUGUUAAUUUCUUGCAAUUUGAAGGUACGAGUAGGGGUUUAAAGAAAAAACCAGUUUUUGUUCUAAAAAAUGCAUUUAAGUUGUAAACAUCUUUUUAAGCCUUUGAAGUGCCUAUGAUUCUAUGUAACUCGUCGCAGACUGGUGUUAAAUGAGUAUAUAUAACAGUUUAAAAAAAAAGUUGGUAUUUUAUAAGCACAGACAAUUCUAAUGGUAACUUUUGUAGUCUUAUGAAUAGACAAAAAUUGUAAUUUGGGAACAUAAAAACUACUGAAUAAAUCAUGUGGCCUCAUAUUGAAAAUGUCACUGUUAUACAUUUUGUACAUUUUCGAUCAAAUGUACAACUCCCUGUUGCUAAUGAAUGUCUGCCCUCGAGGAUGAUGUGGGUUUGAUUUCUAAGUGUUCCAUGGUGUCUGUAAAUCAAAACCAAAGAGCCCAUCAGUGAGGCUGUUUAUUACCAGAUUCACUUCUGGACUGGCCGGAGGAAAUCUGAGUGUAUCAUCCUCUGUGUGUUUGGGUACAGUUAUGGGAAGGCUACCAGGGAAUUUUGAAGUUUACAACCUUUAUAGGAUAGCUGAUGGCAAUGUUGAGACAGAUGCCUGCUUUUGCAAACCACGCUGAAGACCAUAAAUUCCAAAGAAUUGCAGGAGACUUUCUGGAAGCCAAUCUCUGACAGUCUCACAGACUGAUUUACCUUUGAGCCUGUGCUCCAAAUCUCUCCUGAAGCUUAACUGAAGAACGAAUAGAUGGCAUACCAUAGCUCACAUUAUGGGGAAGGAGAGAUGGCAGAGGAGCUCUGUGGCUUAAAUGAGGGCCUUGCUGUGUAGGAGGGAAGUGACUGGGAAGAGUGAUGCCUGAGGAGGAGGUGGAAGUGUGAGGGCACCUUGGCUGGGCACUUACCUGUACCGAAUAUUUCCUUUUGCUGUUUUACCUUUAAUUUUGUUUUCAACUAUGAGCCACUGUAAUAGGAAGAAGACAGCAAAAGCAGCAACUUUUCCAACUUGCCUUUAAUAAAAUUUGACUACUUCAUUUAGAGAACAUUCUCUAGAAUUGCCCCAGAACUCAUUUUUAAAAUGACCCUUUUUUUUUUUUUUUUUUUGCAACACUUGGAACAGCGUUUACUUAAAUCUUGAAUGGCCUUAAAUCUCAGAGUCCCACCCCAUCACUUACAGAAUCAAUUCAUUUUAUUUAGAGUGAUUUUAAAAGCCACACAAUGUCCCUCAAUUGCAGAGGCUGAGAAGAAUGUAGUGGGUAUACCUCUUACUGUGCAAAGGCAGAGUGAAAUUCAAUUCACAGAAUAACAACUGCUUGGAGUAUCCAUGCCAGGAAAAGAAAAUUUCUGGCAAAUAUUUUGUCACUGCUGUAAAGCAAAAUAUUUGUUAAAGUGCCAAAAUAAAGUCUGUCAUGCCGAAAGUAAA